AUGUUAAUUAAAUUCAAAAGAAUAUUAGUAUUCACAUUAGCCUUCAUUCAAUAUGUGUUUCUCCAUAGUUGCAGAUCUACGUGGAGUUAUGUAUCUGGAAGAAUGUCAUAACCUGGAAUCGAUAAUUACUUUAGUAGUUAAUAUUUGGGAUACAUCAAUUUUGCCUUUUUAUUUAGUUAUGGAUUAACAGUUUCAGCGUUUUUAUAUAAUCUAAUAUAUAGGAUAGGUUAAUUAGGCGAUAGAAUGAAUUUAAAAUCAUUUGUCUUAAUUGGUGCAUUCUCAACUAGCCUAAUAUUCUGUUGUAUUGGAUUCUUUCUGCAUUAUGAGUACAAACAUCCUUAUCUAUUCAUGGUAUUGCAAAUUCUUAAUGGUGUUUCGCAAUCGACUGAAUGGUCUGGUCUCUUGGGUAUUUUAGUAUUCUAUAUUUUUAUAAUUAUUUAGCGAUCUUAAAUAAUUGGUAUUAGGGAUAAAAUAAGAUCUUAAUUUUGGGUUAUUUUUCAGCGUCCCCUUGUGUUGGAAACAUUAUUGGAGAUCUCUAUUCAGGUUCUUUGAUCGGAAAACAUGAUUUGCCAUACUAUGCUCCUAUUUAUAUGUCAGGAAUUUCUUUAUUCACUAUUUCUAUGAUCAAUCUAUUUGCAUUAUAAGAAUGUCCUCUACCUAAUGAAAUUGAAGAAUUAUGUGAACAUUAAGAAUCAAUGUCAAUCUCUUUAGAACCAAUAUUAAAUAUUUAUAAAGAAAAUAGUAGUGAUUCUUAAGAAUAUUCAUUACCAAGUUCACAUUUCAAUAAAGAAUAAGAACAAGUAUAAUUAUCUUAUUUUGAUGCUUGGUUUGUACCAAAUGUUGCUAUGUAUGCUUUUGCUUUUGGAUGCAUAAAAGCUGUUUAUUAUAUUCUUGGUUUUUGGUUGCCUGAAUAUUUAAAUAGAAAUAAUGUACCUGAUGUUGCUUGGAUUACUGCUAUGACUGAUAUUGGAGCAGCUCCAGGAGGAAUCAUCAUUUGGUAUCAAUUAUUAAUACAUAGUUUAAUAGGAUAUUAUUCUCAUAAAAGAGCUAUUCUUCAAGUACCAAGUUUAUGGAUAGGAACUAUUGUUAUGAUCAUUAUCAAUUAUGCUGAUGAUUUAAGUCUCUUUGGUUAUUUAAUACUUGUAUUCAUUAUUGGAUUUCUUAUUGGAGGAACCUACAAUAAUAUUGCUGCCUUAAUCACAGUUGAACUCAGCAAUUAAGAUCAAUUGAAAAGUAGAUUUCUUAUCUUUAUAUUUUUAGAUAAUAAAAAAGCCACUGCUACUAUUGUCUCUCUUAUUAUUGGAUAUGCAUCUGCCUUUUCAGCAAUUAAUCAACUUAUUGUUCCCCUUGUAAAAGAUGCUUUAUUUCUAUAUUGUGGUCUUAUGUCUAUUAUUGGAGGUAUUCUAUUGUCCCCUUUAUUGAUCAAAGAAAUUAGACAUUAAAAUUAUUGA